AUGGAAACCCCCACAACCCUCCUCCUCCUCCUCUUCCUCUCUCUCCUCCUCACACUCACCUUCCUCCUCAAGCGCAAGCACUCCACCACCUGCUACAUGCUCAACUACGAGUGCUACAAACCCUCCGACCACCUCAAACUCGACACCGAGGCCUCCUGCCGCGUCGUCCUCCGCAACACGAACCUCGGGUGGGAGCAAUACAAGUUCCUCCUCAAAACCAUCGUCAGCUCCGGCCUCGGCGAGGAGACCCACAGCCCCGCCAACGUCGUCGCCGGCCGAGAAGCCGACCCGUCCCUCCCCGACUCCCUCCAAGAGCUCGACCACAUCUUCUUCCAAACCCUAGACAACCUCUUCGCCAAAUCCCGAGUCUCGCCGCGGGAGAUCGACAUCCUCGUCGUCAACGUCUCGCUGCUCUCGCCGGCUCCCUCUCUAUCGUCUCGAAUCAUCAACCGCUACGGAAUGCGCUCCGACGUCAAGGCCUUCAACCUCUCCGGCAUGGGCUGCAGCGCCAGCCUCGUCGCCGUCGACCUCGUCCGUCAGCUCUUCAAGACGUAUCGGAAUAGGCUCGCCGUCGUCGUCAGCACCGAGUCCCUCGGCCCCAACUGGUACGACGUCUGUCUCCUUAAUUGA